AUGUUGAACACGAGUUUCCGAAAGCCUUCUUCCAUCCUGAAAAGUCAAUGCUUACUUUCUCAAUUUCAACAACAUUACCACCACUCUCAACAACAAUUACUUGUGAAUACUUUUAGUACUAUCAGCACAUUUCGGAAUGAUGUAAAUAAAUAUGCGAGAUACUUUUCGAAUUUUAAUAAUUAUCAACGGAUGGCAAGUUUGACUUCAUCCAUGGGAUUAGGACGUUUAGGAGAAAAAACAACCAUUGAAAAGAAUAGGUUUCCGAUGAUCAAAACGAGGUCCGGAAAACACAUACAAUAUGUGGAUCAAUGUGUCGUUAAAGUGAGAGGAGGAGCUGGAGGAGACGGACAUGUGCAUUUUCUAAGAGAAAAAUUUAAACCUAUUGGCAAAGCAAGUGGAGGUGAUGGUGGUAGUGGUGGAAGUGUGUUUAUUAAAGCAUCAAUGAAUAGACACUCUUUGUGUGGCAUUGAUUAUAUUCAAAAGGCCAAAGAUGGCGACAAUGGUCAAAAGAGAAACAAAAACGGAAAGAAGGGAGAGCCUACAAUCAUUUAUGUGCCUACAGGAACCCAGGUUUUUGACGCUGAUACUGGAGACAUUAUUGCAGACCUUCAAAAUGAUGGAGAUGAAAUUUUGGUAGCUAAGGGAGGUAGAGGUGGUCUUGGAAAUCAACACUACUCCUCCAGUACGAAUAGAAGUCCAAAACAAAGUCAAGAAGGGCAAAAAGGAGAAUCCAGACAUUUACUGUUAAAAUUGAAAACCAUUGCGGAUGUGGGUUUGUUAGGAUUUCCCAAUGCAGGUAAAUCAACACUAUUAGGAGCAAUAUCGAACGCUAAACCGAAAGUAGCUGCAUACUCUUUCACCACCUUACAUCCCACGGUAGGAGAAGUUUUUCAUCAGGAGACUGGAUAUUCAUUUACAUGUGCCGAUAUUCCUGGUUUAAUUGAGGGCAUGAAUAGCAAGCUCAAAACGAGAGGUUUAGGUCACGAUUUUAUGCAGCACAUUGAACGAACAAAAUUACUUCUCUAUGUCGUUGAUGUGAGUGGACUUGAAGGUCUUGGUAUUCAAUACAAUGAGGAAACCGGAGAGAUCAAAUAUGAAUUCAUAACGGACGCCUCUCCAUUUGAUUAUCAUUCAAAUACUUCAAACGAUGACAUCAAUGAGCUUUCCAAACACUCUGAGAAGAGAGUCACCAUACCCACAAAACAGCGUUCCAAUGUACAACAAGCUGACGAGGACUUGUAUCAUUUGCGAGAGUCUGCAAUGGCUGAUUAUUUUGGAGAGGAUGAAGCCGAAGACGUUUUGAACGAAUUGGAUGAUGAGGACGACGACACUCACACCAAGCGAAUGAGCAAGAGACAAAAAGCUCAGCACAACUUUAGAAAGAGAACACCUCUUUUGAGAACCUUAUCUCCUGACGAGUCUGCGAUACUUCGUUCCAAUACCAAAGAACACACAACGAGCGCCGUUAAGCAAGUAGGCCUUCAAAACGAGGAAGAGUUUGAUGAUGACAAUUCUAUGACUUCUACGUUUAAUGAUGACUCUAUUCCUGCUACAUUUGCAACACAAGAAGAAAUUCAACAUGAUACCAAAGAUUUUGAAUCCUCUCUUCAACUUGACGAAGAAUUCAAUUCUCAAAGAGAUCUCAACGAUGAAGAAAACCUCGCUAACGACGAUCCCUAUCGCAACACAGUAUUGGAUACGCUGCCAGAAGUUAAGAGAAAACAACGAUUGUUCCAGCCCUGGGAUAUAUUAAGGUUACUACAAAAAGAAGUCGAGCUCUAUAUGCCAGGUCUUUCAGACAGAGCUGCCUGUAUUAUUGCUAACAAGAUGGACGUACCUGGUUCUGAGAAGAAUUUUGAAAAACUGAAAGAGUUUGUGAAAAACGAGUUUGGUGAUAUUCCAAUAAUUCCAAUCUCAGCUAAGGAUGGUUUGAAUGUCGAGCAAGUCAAGUUGUUCUGUAUUAGUUAUUUGGAAAGGCGUAAGAAAAAAGCAGAAACUACUUUAACGGCUCACAUUGACGAGUAA